CUGAAAGGCUAGCUGAACUGUAGCUUUCUGGGGUGGGGUGUGGAAAUAAAUAAGAAAAUGAAGACGAACUCAGUUUUGUUCCAGCUCAGUAAUUGCUGUGAUUCUAGCUAGCAGGCAACCCUGUGCUGGUGGUGCAGCUGCCCUCUUGGCCAACAGACUGGCGUAUGCCAAAAAGAAGAAGAAGAAGAAGAAGAAGCUUCAGAAGUUACAUAAAUUUUAAUGAAGAGUUUUCUAGGAUCCAAAACUGAAUGAAGUUAUAAAUGAAGAGAGAGGGAGAGGGAGCAGCUGGUGAUUGACAUAUUUAACGUGUUUCCUAAACGAAUUACAUUGUGCAGAUUCAAGAAGCAUGGCUGAGCCUGGGGAUAAGCUUAUCGUGGAAGGGAAUAAACUUAGACACGCACAGAGUUACCAAGAAACAACUUCAAUAGGGAUUAAACGAAUGCAAAAGCGAUUUCUCCAGAAAGAUGGAAGCUGCAAUGUGUACUUCAAGCACAUAUUUGGGGAGUGGGAGAGCUACGUGGCCGAUAUUUUCACCACAUUAGUGGACAUCAAAUGGCGCCACAUGUUUGUCAUCUUCUCAUUAUCCUACAUCCUGUCCUGGUUGUUCUUUGGCUUGGUCUUUUGGCUAAUUGCACUCCAGCAUGGUGAUCUGUCACCUGAUGAUGAAGUCACCCCUUGUGUUGAUAAUGUUCAUAGUUUUACAGGGGCAUUCUUAUUCUCUCUUGAAACCCAAACCACCAUUGGCUAUGGCUCACGCUGUGUCACUGAAGAGUGCUCCGCAGCCAUCGUGACAGUGGUCCUACAGUCAGUGUUAGGCUGUAUCAUUGAUACAUUCAUCAUUGGAGCUGCCUUGGCCAAAAUGGCCACUGCCCGAAAGCGAGCUCAGACGAUCCGCUUCAGCUACUAUGCUACAGUAGGCUUAAGAGAUGGCAAACUCUGCCUGAUGUGGCGUGUAGGUGAUUUCCGGCCCAAUCAUAUGGUAGAAGGUGCAGUUAGAGCUCAGCUCUUGCGGUAUGUAGAAGAUAGAGUGGGAAGGAUGACAUUGGAAUACAAGGACUUGAAACUGUUACAUGACCAGAUCAUCCUUGCUACUCCAGUGACCAUUGUGCAUGAGAUUAACCAGGACAGCCCAUUGUAUGAGCUAGACAGGAAAGCUCUGGCCAAGGACAACUUUGAGAUCCUGGUUACAUUUGUCUACAUCGGAGACUCAACUGGAACAUCACAUCAGUCAAGAAGUUCAUAUGUUCCUCGAGAGAUUCUUUGGGGCCACAGAUUCAACGAUGUCCUGCAACUGAAGAAAAAAUACUAUAAAGUCAACUGCCUCCAAUUUGAAGAAACCACAGAGGUUUAUGCUCCUUAUUGUAGUGCCAAGCACUUAGACAGAAAGGAGCAAGAAUAUACAUUUGAAAAGGCAGCAGAUGGAGAACCUGGAACAUCAUCCUCAACAGGAGUCAAAGUCCGGUCAUUUAGUGCUGAUGCUUUAAUCACCCAUUCUGAAAUUUAUGAAGAUGCAGCCAAAGCUCCUAAUCAAGUUAGUGCUACGGAGCUGCCCUAUGAGAAAGCUCUGGUGACUUUAAGCAGAAUUUCAAUGGAAGCCCAGAUCUAGCAAUCUACUACAAUCACUGCUGCUAACUUCUGUGGUGCUCUGGCAGUUUUCAAGCGCACAAGUUUCACUUAGGUACUUAUGGGCCUGAUCUUCAAAUCAAAUCAUACAUGGAAGAACAUUGGUACUCAUUUUCAGCUGAUAGUUUAAUAUUACUUUAUCUCCUCCAAAGUUAUCCCUGACAUUAUUAAUUCUUUAUGGCAGUAAAGUAAUUCUAAAAAGUAUGCUCAAUAAUGCACAACACUACCACUGGAGGAUAUCUUAUCAAUAAAAAUGCCAGUGCUUACCACUGAAUCCACAAAGUGCUUAUAACAAGUUAUCUGAGUUUAAACUGUAUUGGUCUCAUUUAAUCGUAUGAUAUAGAUACAGUAAUUUUGAAGUGUUCCAGGUGAAUAGGUUUUUGGAUGGAGGAAAAGUUCACUAAAUUUGGGAAUUUCAGAAGUAUUGAUUUGUGCACUGCAACAUAAUUUAAAUUGGCCCUCUAUAUGCCAACUGCACUGCAUCCAACAUUUCUUAUGAGUAGGUGAAAUAAGUAGAAAAAACUUCAGUUUUUGAAACAUGUCAGGUUUUUUGUAAAUGUGUUUUCUCUUUGGUGGAUAGGUUUUUCUUUUUUCUUUUAAGAAACAAGAUCAAAGAUCUUCCAUUUGCUUUUGGGUUCUGCACAAAGAAUGAGACAAAAAAAGGUCACUUACACAGAGUUUGAAAAAAGUAGUUCAAUUUGCCAAAGUCAUAACUGAAAGCACCUUAUUUGCUUGCACUUUCAUUGUGCUGAUUAACAUUUUAAUAACUACUUAUUUGUUUUCAGAAUGUAAAGCCAAUCAUAUCAAAACCUAAAUAUGGUUUGAGUAUUUCCACAGAACAACUUAUCAUCAUCUAAUCAUUCUGUAUUCAGAAUAUGUUCAAAAUUCAUUCUGCACAUCUGAAAAAAAAAGAUUUGUAACUUGGAAGUAAUGAUGUAAUAGCAGACGUUAUUUAAAACAUGAAUAUAUAAAUGCACUUCCACCCAC